AGAUGAAUCCUUAAAGGUAUUUAAAUAUUUUAGGGUGUGAAAUAUUCGGGUCGCGAUGAUCAAUAUGGAACAAUCUUCUGCAGUUUUGAUGAAAGUGACGCUUUUGUGGUCCGAAUCAAACGUUCACGAACAAUUACACGUGGCGCUUCAAACAAGGCAACAAUCAUGGAUUUGCAUUGCGGAAAAAUUUGCAAGAAAAAUCCCGUUUUCGAUCCCAGGCUAGUAAGUCUAUCGUGCAUUGCUAGCGAGAAACAUGUCGAAAGGAAACGCCCAGAAAAAAUCCAACCGGUUUCAUACCGAGGACGAAAGGAUGAAUAACUUGAAUAAUCAAAAUAAUAACCAGAAUGCCUCCAACUACAAUAACAGCAAAUCCAACUUCAAAAAUAACAAUUUGGCGAAUGCGCGGUUGCGAGCAAACGGCGGGAAUUUCAAAACUGAGAGCGGGAAUUUCGAAUCGCCGGGCGGUUGGCGCAGGAACACGAAUGACUUGGAGAGUCAUGUGCGGAAGGACAUGAACGUAUUCUCACUCAGCCAGUUCGGCGAACGGCCAGAGGAAACUGAUCGUGAGAAACUUGCUGCAGCUCUUGCUAUCCGGAAUACAGACAACGUCAAGGAGAAGUUCAAGAUUGCCACUGACGAGUUGAUGAAGGAGGAGCCACCCGAGACAGCAUGGAUACCAGACCCGGGAAGUCCGGUGGAUCCGAACGCGAGCAGGGGGGUUUUCUACCAACGGCACACAAAAGGCGACGCUUAUUCGCUGGCCCCGGGGAUGGGCCCCAGCUCGAAACACCUGACUCUGGAGAACUUCCCUAGUCAUCCGGACAGCCUCCAUCGCGCCCUCAAACCGGUCCUCAUCCUCGCCCGCUGUUUCGCUCUCCUCCCGGUCGAGGGUAUCAGUGCGCCCAACGCAUCUUACCUAGCAUUCAAUUGGAACAGCCUACCGUGUAUUUACUUGGGACUCGUUAUCGGCUAUUCUGUGCUGAUCGCUUUGCUCAGCAUUUGGAAGACUGUUCAAUUCGGCAUCUCAUAUUACAGCACAGUGGACUUCGUGUUUGUGACGAGCUCGAUGGUGAUCUACCUGUUGUUUCUGCAGCUGGCGACCCUGUGGCCGAAGACCAUGUGCCAAUGGGAGAAGGCGGAGCACGGCAUGAGACAUUACGGCUACCCAAAACGCAUGGCCCUCAAGUUCAGGUUCAUCCUAUUCGUUAUGAUGGCCCUCGCUAUCAUUGAGCACGUGGCUUCGAUAGUAACGGCAGUCUUCGAGGCACUUCCAUGCUCCUCUGGUGGUUGGGACAUCGUCCGAGCGUACUUCGUUACUAAAUUCCGGCAGGUAUUUACAUUCGUGCCAUUCAACAUCUGCAUAGCACUACCUGUCCUCGUCAUGAAUCUCAUUCUUACAUGCGCCUGGAACUUCAUGGAUGUCUUCAUUAUUCUUAUGUCUUUCGCCAUGGCCGAGCGCUACAAGCAGGUCAACGAGCGGCUCAACUCUGUCAAAUGCAAGGUGCUUCCGACAAGUUUCUGGAGGCACAUCCGAGAGACGUACAACACCUUGUCGUGUUUGACGAAGCUGCUGGACAAUCUUUUAUCUCCAAUAGUUCUCCUAUCGUUUGCGAAUAACCUUUAUUUCAUUUGCCUGCAGCUCUUGAACAGUUUGCGCCCGAUGCAAAGCACAUGGCAAGCAACAUACUUUGUUUACUCAUUCUCAUACCUACUCGUUCGAACUAUUGCAGUAUCACUCUUUGCUGCAUCCGUCCAUGAUCAAAGCAAGGAGCCCAAGUCUGUACUUUUUUCAGUUCCAACUGAAAGUUAUUGCGUUGAGGUUUCAAGAUUCCUUAUCCAAGUCACCAAUGAUGAUCUGGCCUUGACUGGAUGCAAGUUUUUUGCUGUCACAAGGACAUUCAUGCUUACGGUGGCUGGAACAAUAGUGACGUAUGAGAUAGUCUUGGUUCAGUUCAAUGCAGUGAGCAGUGAAGAUGCUGCGGCGGCUAAAAACUCAUCUAUAAUCUGCCCUUGAAUUCCAAAAUGUACAUUUUUAGUUGGCUCAGC